AAACUAUCUCCUGAAGUUCAUCGUAGACUAUCUGCUUUGCUGAACCUGAUAUUGCCAUGACUGAAACGUUGGAGUAUCAGUUUUAAUAGGCUACUGGUGUAAAUUAUUACAUUAACAAUAUCAGCAUUGUUCUGCGCAGUUUACACAAUGAUUUUUAAAGAGGACUUUAAUUUACUUUUUAAUUUAGAAACACUACAUAUAAGCAUUUGGAAAUUCAGUAAUGUGCCCUACAAAUGUCGUAUCUACGAAUGGACUGCCUUCAACAUAGGCGCACCGUAACCAAGGUAACGCGCGACAACAAGGUGGUCAUGUUAGAAUGUGAUAUUUGGCAACCGCAUCCGAGCGCGUGUUUAAACAUUACAAGCAUGGAAUUUCCUUUGGAGGACAGAAGCCCCUCUUUCCACUAUAUGGUACGAGCCUCUGGACAGGGUGAAGUGUGGCAAGGCGAAGACUCCAAAUUUGACCAGUACGGCUGGCGCUGCUCCACCGGCGAAGACUCCUACUCCACGGGCACCCUCAUCGGCAACUGGUCAGAAGAGCGCUUCGAUAUCCGCCAUGCAUCUCAACGUCGCCCUCUACCGUCUCAGUUCUCCCACUAUUUUGAAACAACAUAUUCUUCUUCCUACAAGAGAGACGAGAAGCACUCCUUGCACACCACUGGCUUUAACAGAGAAGCUCAUGCUUUCCCUGGGCACCAGCCUGAACUGGAUCCCCCGCACGUCCGGUGUGUUCCCAGCUCCAGCUACAGAGUGGACUUCAGAGAUCACAUGGCAUCGAAGGGCCGCAAAGGGCCACAGGCUGCCCCUCAGACUCACUAGGUGGGGAAUGCAAAGGGUCCGAAAAACACCCCUCUGAGUUCAUUCUUUACUUUUGGGUAAUAAUCAGCCUGCGGUGGCGUGCUAUCACGUCACAGCCUCGGAGAGCCACUGGCUGUAUGAGCAGAGCGAGACUAGAUGAAUGACCCUCUCAUAUUGUUUUAUUCAGUUUGAAUGAAUUUUCUAUCCUGGUUGUUGCCGGAUUGGCUUUGGGCCUAACUCCAUCUUUCAAAGCGAUCAAGCUGUGUCAUGGCUACAUUUCGAACUGCACUCUCUCGUUGUGUAAACUCAGGAUUGUUAAGCUGAUUUCCCGUGCCUUAAAUUCGAAACUUUUCACUCGCAAAACCCACGCUGGACUGUCCAAAUGAAGAGUGAAAUUACCAUGGCACACACAAUGGCUGCAUGUGGUGAAUGCAUUUGGAGUGGACAUUACAGUUCAGCUCAAACUCAUUGAUUUAUUUUAUUUAAAUUUGCUGGUAAAAAUAGUAAAAAUUACAGACACCAAAGACAUCAAAUCUCUUUAAACAUUACUAGCUCUUGCCACACUUCCAAUAAAUUAGCCAUUUUAAAAUUACAACUGCAUUCCAUGUUCUUGUAUUACCCUGAAGGAAGGUAGAAUUAAGUUGCAGACACACCAUUUGUAUCAACACAGCAAAAAUACUACUGUGUUAAAAUCUAUUUGAAUACAAUUUAUCCCUAUUUGACUAUGUAAAUUGUGUUAUAGUUGAAUUAACAUUUUAAAGCAAAGAGGAUACAUUUUUCAGAAGUCUUGGUUCCAGUACACUGGUUCACUUGGCCAAGAGAGGAGGCCUGGAUAAUUAAUUUUAUGAUACUCUUAUCUCUGCACACCUGGACUUCUACACUGGCCUGUAAUCUAUGUGAGCACGGCAUACUGUACUCUAUGCACACGCAAUGCUAAUAAAAUAAAGCUGAUUUGAACAGCUAGGACUCCAGUCUUGCCGUUAUAAACACGGUCAGUACGCGUAAAUAAUUAAAUGCUGUAUUUAUGGGUCCCAUCUGUAAAUAAAACAGUAAAACUACUGCCACAUGAACAUAA